AUGAAUGGUAUUACUCGAUUAGGUCGAUGCAAUAAUGUCAACAUCAGGACAGAUCGCAGCCACAGUAUGUCGCAUGGCAGUAUUAUUACUCGUACUGAUGAAGGUGCUUCAGAUAAGCCGUGGGCAGGGAACGUGUUUAGCGAGGCACCUUGGGACGACAGUGACUACGUAAUGGAUGAAUAUCAUAGAGAUUGGAAAGAAGGGGCUACCAGAAAAAUUUUCAAUAAUGUUUUGAAGCCUGAAGCACGGAUUGCACGUGAAGGAAUGGGAAAUGUUUGGAGUGGUGUUUUGGGAGCAAUGUUGGGCGCUGGAACUGUUCUUAUAAUUGCCGUUUUGCUGUUCAUAUUUCGACGCCCGAAAAAGCUGGAGAAGCCCUCGCUGACGCCUAUGGAAGUUAGUCCAAAUAGAGCAGUGCCUUGCGACAAAAUGAGCAACUUUGACAAUCCAGUUAUAACUUAUUCCCUGCUCUUGACUCGUUUAAGAUUUGUUCAAGGUUUAAAUGGUAAAUAUUUUUGA